AUGGUGUCAGAAGUGUUGUCAUUAGAUCCGAAUACCUUCAUGGAAACCGAAAGCCGUACUGUGUCAGAUAUAGUCAAUGAUGUUGGCAAAGCGUCAGAUUGGGUAUCUGUUUCCGUGUCGCCUCUCGCGUUGGCAGACGGUGAUCUGUGUCCAUCAUACCAACGUGUGGAUCGGAAAAGAGUGAUAUGUUUAAAUGGCAAAAGAUUUGUACCCAACAUGUCAGAUAUGGUACUGAAUUUUGUCGAAAUUUGCCGCAUUCCCACUCUAAGUCCAAGUUAUUCAGCUCUUCCAUGCUCCAGUGGUUCAAAUAACUCAACCUCUACAAGCUUCAGAAUCCCAAGUUUCUCAAUCUUCAGUAGUAUCAGUUCAAGCCUUAUUCUGCCUAUCACUCCAAGCUCCAUCAGCAGCUUAGAGAGUCAUUCAAGCUUAGAAUCAAGUAGCAUUUCUAGUAUUAUACCUCUCUCCUCCUCAUCAAGUGCCAUCACAACUGUAUUCUCCUUCACUGUCAUUAUUUGCAAGCCAGAUGGUUCUCCAGUUAGGAUUCUAAUCUUUCAACUAGAGUUAAAUAUGGUUCAGUUUCAAGUGGGACAAGCCUUAGCUAGCAUAUCAAUGUCUAGCAGCUCAAGUGUCUCAUUCUACAGUUGUUCAAGUAGCCAGAGUUUCAGUUGUUUCAGCAGUUUGAGUUUAUUCAGUUCUGAGAGUUCAAGCUAUGUCAGUUCAGUGGAAUUAGAAGCAAGCAGAUCCAGCAUCUCAUCCUUAUCUUGUUCUUCGAGUGUCAGCAUAAAAAGUUCAUUUUCGCAGAGUUCCAGAAGUAGUAGCUCUAGCAUUUCAAGCUUUAUUAGGGCUGAUAAUUCAUUUCUGGGGAAUCAAGAAAGUAUCAAGAACCCAGGUUCUAUAAGCUAUGUAGGUCACCUUAGUUGUUCUAAGGUGUCAAGUUCUUACAAUUUGAGCAGUUCCAUGUAUGGUAGAUCAAGUUCAGUCUCAAGCCUUUCUUCUGCCUGCAUUCCAAUUUCACCAAGUUUAUUAAGCUCUAGUUGCUCAGAAAGUACAGCUCCCAGUAGUUACAGAAGUUCUGGUACUACAAGUUCCUGCAGUUCUAAUGAUUUCAGCUUAAAUAGCCCAAGUCUGUCCCCAUCUUGCUCCUCAAGCAUCAGCGUAGCAUGUUCUUGCAGUCCAGAAUUCUCCAGCAUAUAUAGCCUUGGCAGUUCUUGUAGUUCAGGCUUCCACAGUGACAGUCUUUCACCUUCCAUGAGUGUUUAUAGUAUCAGUAACUCAAGCUACUCAAGAGCCAGUUCCUCUAGAAGCUAUAGGUCAAGCUCAAGUAUCCAGGGAUACUCCAGUAUCUCAAGCUAUAUUAGUUCCUGUAGUUCAGGUUCCCAUCAUAUCAGCUUUUCACCUAGCAUGAAACUCCAGAGUUCCAGUGAUUCAGGUUCAAGAAGUUUCAUUUCUUCUGGAUGCUUGAGUCCUGGAAUAUCUCUUUCAUGCUCUUCAAGCAUCAGCAUAUUGUGUUCAAGGAGUCUGGAAUCCACUAGUAUAUCAAGCUUGAUUAGCUCUUUUAGUUCAGGCAGUCUUCAAGCUCCAUUGAGUAUCAAUAAUGAUAGUGACUCAAGUCGAAGGAGUUUUAUAUCCUCCAGCUGCUCAAGAGCUAGUUCCUAUCACAGCCAUAGAUCAAGUUCAAGCAACCCAGAAUAUUACAAUAUCUCAAGCUUUCUUAGUUCCUGUAGUUCAGGCUUCCUUCAGGACAACUUUUCACCUAGCUUGAAACUCCAGAGUUCCAGUGAUUCAGGUUCAAGAAGUUUUAUUCCUUCAGGAUGCUCGAGUCCAGGAAUAUCUCUUUCAUGCUCUUCAAGCAUCAGCAUAUUUUGUUCACUCAAACCAGAAUACUCCAGUAUCUCAAGUUUUAUUAGUUCCUCUAGUUCAGGCUCCCUUCAUGACGGCCUGAAACCCCAGAGUUCCAGUGAUUCGGGUUCAAGAAGUCUUAUUUCUUCAAGCUCUUCUAGUCCAGACAUUUCUCUUUCAUGCUCUUCAAGUAUCAGUAUAUUGUGUUCAAGUAGCCCAGAGUACUCCAGUAUAACAAGCUUCAUUAGUUCUUGUAGUUCAGCCUCCCAUAUUGGCAGUCUUCCCUCUAGCUUGGGUUUCUAUAAUGCCAGUACCUCGGGCCGAGGGAGUUAUAUAGCCUCAAGCGGCUCAAGGGCCAGUUCCUCUUGCAGCCAUAGACCAAGUAUAUCAGCCUCCUCUUCAUCAAGUUUCAGCAUACUAUGUUCAAGCAGUUCAUCUAGUAGUUCAAGUUCAAGCUCAAGUAGCUCAAGUUCAAGCAGUUCAAGUUCUAGUUCUAGCAGUUCAAGCUCGAGUUCGAGCAGUUCAAGCUCGAGUUCGAGCAGUUCAAGCUCUAGUUCGAGUAGUUCAAGCUCAAGUUCGAGCAGUUCAAGUUCAAGUAGCUCAAGUUCUAGUAGUUCAAGUUCAAGUAGUUCUAGCUCAAGUAGUUCCAGCUCAAGUGUGCCACCAACCACAACUACCACAACUACUUCCACUACUACUUCAACGACUACAACUACCACGACUACAUCUACAACCACCACUUCAACAACCACCUCAACGACCACCACCACUGCUCCAUACAUAUGCGAUGAGGUCAUUUUGACGGAAUCAGACCCAUUGGCGGUUCUGAUGUCACCAGAUUACCCCGACGUGUAUCCCAACGACUUCCAUUGCGAAUUCAACGUGACGGCUCCCGAAGGCUACAAAGUGAGUAUGUUCUUCGACACGAUGAAGAUUCAGUACAAGAAAAAGUGCACAAGCGAUUAUAUCCAAGUGGUUGGCAUCGAAAAGUUCUACGGAGUCAAGAUGUGUGGAACGAAGCUGCCUCCGCCAUGGCUCUAUUUCAAGUCGACGGAUAAUUACAUGACGUUGACGUUCCAUACGGAUUCGUCGAUGCAACUUAAAGGCUUCAAGGCAUUCUUGUCUAUGACUCUAUAAGAGAGUGACGCACAGAGGAAGUGUGGAGAAAGUGCGCACUCGGAGACUCGAUGCACGAAAGCGAACACGAUGACCGAAAGACGACGACACACGCGAGGAUUCGGACGACGCCAACGGAUACUCCACCCGCAGACAAAUCGGCUAACGACCAGAGCGAGGAAUCGGACACGGUUUUUUGAGACGCGAAUACAAGAAGGCAGAAAGAGGACGACGACUUCACGCAAACUUCUCUUACGCAGAAUCCAAUUUCGAACACAGACCCGACUAAUUUGCCUUCGAACAGGGUUGGAGUAAAACAAGGGUUGAUCAAGCGACGAUUAUCAUUUCAAAUUGGGAUUGAUUUAAAGAAUUAAACAUAUAGACGUAGAUAUGUGUAUAUAUAUCUAUGUAUAUAUGAUGGUGGUACUUUCUGAAUUCAAGAUUUAUGUUUUAAAAAUUAAGAAUAUUACUUCCUGUGCUUUCCACUUAUACGUUGAUAAAUAUUUUUGAUAAAUAUUUCACAGUUUUGUGACCAGGUCUUUGAUCGCAAAACAACAGCAAAAUGAUAAUAUGAUGAAUUAUGAGGACUUGUUUUGAGGGAAUAUAAAUGAUUGGACCCUGAUAGGAUUCUGUAAGAUUUAAAAUGAAUAAAUUGUCACUCUCGAAACAAAGUCAUUACUUUAUCAGAAAAUAUGGAUCUUUUUUUUCUUUUUUGGAUUACAAAACAUACGGAUGAAGGUUAGAGGUUUUGGGAAAAAUAUAUAUUACUACUUUUUUUUUUCAUUUUUAUGUAAGUGUUCUGUUAAAGGUACCUUUGACUUUCACUUUUCUUCUCCUUCUUCUCUUCCUUCGCUACGUACACGGCAGCGACGAGGAGAAAAAGGAAGGAAUAAAAGAAAACAUAUUAAGAGAAAACGGGAGUUUGAGAAGAUGGGAAGAAUGGCCAUUGGAGAUAAACAAAAUAUAUAUUUGCAUUCAAUAUUAAGGAACAUAUAUUUGGUGAUAUAUUUACACAAAUAAUGAAGUUGACUGCGGUAACAUGGAGAUGUACUCUUAUUUUUCUACAUUAAGGACAAAUGUAUUCUAGAAUGUGCACAUUGCUAGCGUAAAUAAACGAUGGGGUUAGCUAAA